CUGUAUGUUGUGUGCUCCUAAGCUAAAACUGGCAGGCCAGCUUGUUAUGUAUGCCAGCCUCCAGAUAGGUUUAAUAUCUUGAAAUAAGCAAAUAGAACUCAUUUUUAAGGGAGUGAUGAAACAUGAACCACUAAACAGUGCCUUCUUAUUUGCAAAAUACAUUACAAUCAAAAAGAAAAAAUACUCAAUAUUCUGUUUCUCGUUACAGUUUGAAGGCUGCAAGAAAGCAUUCUCUAGGCUUGAAAACCUGAAGAUUCACUUACGGAGUCACACAGGAGAAAAGCCUUAUCUGUGCCAGCAUCCUGGCUGUCAAAAGGCCUUCAGCAACUCCAGCGAUCGUGCCAAGCAUCAAAGGACACACCUGGAUACCAAACCCUAUGCCUGUCAGAUUCCAGGAUGCAAUAAGCGCUAUACAGACCCAAGUUCAUUACGAAAGCAUGUAAAAGCCCAUUCUUCCAAAGACCAGCAGGCCAGGAAAAAGUUACGCCCAAGGACAGAGCUUGACCAAGAAGUUCUCAAUGAAUGUCUCACUAUUCAACCCCUUCAGCCAGCAAUUUCUCCACAAGAUCCUACAGAGAAUUCCAUAGGAAAGUCACCUGGCCCUGUACAUGAUGUGUACCCAGCUACCCUGUUCUCCAGUUCUCAUUCAAGUAGAAGUGGAACUGCUGGUGGGAAUGUUCCUCAGUCUCAGCCUCUUGGUUCCAGCCAUCCUUCUCCAGGGAGUAACUUGCAGUCCAGUCCUCAUAACCCCUCAUCCCAGCUACCUCCUCUCACACCUAUGGAAACAGGCUCUGACAGAUUUUCACCUCAUCAUCUGAGUCCAAGGAGAAUGAAUGCUUCCUUAAAUAUAAUGCAGAGGCGAACUCCACAGCCCCUUCCAGGGCAGACAACAGGGGCAAAUUACUCAAAGACAUACCCAAUAGUAAAUGCCUCAGUGCAGCAAAAUGGCCUUUAUGUGCAAGGAAUUUAUGGCCAGCUGCAGACAUUUUGCUCUCCACAUUUCAGUGAUCCGCAGCGGAACAUGCAGCAUAGCAGCGCAUGCAGUAUGAUGCCUCCCUUUGAAGAAUGUUUGCCUCACAAUGGUGGGAACAAAUCAGAUUUUGAUGCAUUUCACAGGGCAUUUACCUCCCAGUCAGGUAUUGCAGUUUACGAUUUUCCAAGUGGCUCAGCUGGGCUUUUUGGUGACUCCCAACGAAAUAAUGCAGACGAUACUAGCUUCCUACAGAUUAACAUCAUUGACCGCUGUCCUAGCCAGCUGUCAUCUGUUUACACAGAGGGAUGAGAUCAGUUCUACUACAUCUUUACCAAGGGUGACAAUCCACUGGGCACAUCAUCACCAGAAAGUAAUUCAUGUGAAUUGAACUAUCCCACUCAAAGAGAAAGAAUAUUGGAGUCUUGAAAGUAUGCUUUUAAAGUGCAAAAUGCAUUUAGUUCAUUUAGUACAUGCACUAAGAUAACCCAAAAUGUUCAUGGAACAGAUUGUGUAGAAGUCUGUCAACUUCAGAACUGGAAUUUAAACAAAAGUAUACUAAAAGAAUUUGAAGGCUAACAUUGCUGAUCAUUCUUUCCAAGAAUGCUUCCUGGCAAUUACUGUGAUCCCAACACCCAAAGCAACACCCCAGGACCAGUAUGCAGACCAGGAGUUCUGACUUCACAUUGACUUUCUAAUCUGUCUGUUUGUCCUUAGUCAAUGGCUUAAUGUACUUAAAUCAAAGACAGGCAGGAACUGGCAUCCUUGGAAGAAGGACAACAUUGGCAGCCUAUACAUUUCUCAGUAUAAGUUUCCUAUAAAGUGUGUCUACAGUUUAAACGUUGUGUUGGUGUUGGAUACAGUAUGGAAGUUAGAAUGCCUGUCAGGAAUCUAUUUCCAAAAAUCGGGAUAUGAAAAUCUAAUCGUACAAAAAGGUAUCCAGUUAUAUAAUAUUAACAGCACCAUUUGUUAAUCAACUCAAAAGGGGAAAGAAGGUUUAAGGGUUUGUAAUAGUAGUUCAGCAAACAAGAAAAAUAAAUAAAAACUUUACAUCUUUUUAUAAUUAAAGCCCUUAGCGGAUGUACAUGCAAAAUACACUUUUGGCUAUAGGUUAUACGUAUACUGGAGGGGAUCUGUUAACCUUCUUUCUCUAUUUAGGUUUGUAUUUCUCUAUUUGUACUGGUGACCAUUGUCUACUAGGAGUAAAAAUUUUGGGGCAUCCAAAAUAUUUAGAGAUUGCACUAAAGCAGGAAUGAAGGGACAUUUUCCAAUGGUGACAUUUUGUCUAAUGAAUAUUGUCUAAGAGGCAAUUUAAAGAGAUUUUUCUUACUAUUGGUUGUAUUACCAUUACAGAAAGUAAAGGGAAAUGUUUCCAACAGUGAACAAAAAAAAACUGACAGAGGUUCUAAACUUUUUCUGCUCUAUCCAAAACCAAAAAAAUAAAAGUUUUGACUAUAUAUAAUUUGCACACAAGUUUCACAGCAUACGUCAACAUGACUUUAAAUAAAGUAGUUCUAGCAGAACCUAUUACAGUAUGAACAGGCUUUACACAAUCAGAAAUUUGUAUGUCUAUGUAGCAUGAAAACAGAUUAUAAUUGUAAUACACAAACCAUGUAACCCUCUUGCUUUUUUACAUUGUCUUUGGUAUAUAUAUAUAUGGGAUUUUGCUGAUAUCUGCAAGCAGAAAACAUGAUACAUACACCUGUAGUGUAGAAUAGUACAUCUUAUGUUGUACUUAUGUUUGGUUGAAUUUCUUUGAAUGGAUUAGGAGGACAUAGUGUAGGUGGGCUAGGGGGGUUAAGGUAGCUAAUUCAGUAUUGCAGUGCUUGUGAGAGUAGGUCUCCUGAAUUAAAUGCCAGAUUUUUUUACAAACUUAAACUUUUCAAGUGCAGUAUACCAUACUCUGUGGGCAACAGUUAUUCUCCCAAGCACUCAGAUCUAGUGUCUUUAUGAUGUGCGGUUGGCUGUGAGAAAUUGCAAAGAAAUAUAAGACGUUUUCAAAACAUUACAAUUACACUAAUUAUGUCUAACUGGACAUAAUAAUAUAGUAAAUUGCACUUAGGUGAGUGAAGGAAAAUAUUUAGACUGGCUUGUACUAGCUAAAUGCCUUGGUUUACGUUUUUAUCUUCCUUUUUAUAUGUUAUCUAUCCCUUUCCCCUUCUCAUUCUAUGGAUCUUGCUGAGAGAAAUAUCAAAUGUGACACAAGCUAUUUUUAAGGAAGCUGUAAGAAGUACACAUGUGGAAACACUGAUUGUAAGGACGUAACUCAUCUGCAGGCUAUGAUUGUUUCCUGGAGCAUGUCAUCAGUCUUCCACAGCUUUUAUAGUAUGUUCCCAUUCUUUGACAAUAUCUUGUAUAGGGAUGAGCUUGGGUUCUGUCAGAACAUGAGUUUGGACAAAAACUAAUCUCAUCUUUACUUUUGUAGCAGGUAUGCCGUUAUUGACCAUCUCCUGUAAUAUGCCUGUAGUCUCCAUCUUCUGUUGGAUUUCUACAGUCUGAUAGCUUUCUGUAGCAUUACAUUCACUGAAUAUUAUGUGGUGGUGUCAUUGGCCACACCUGAGGCCCCCUAUAUCAAGUACACUUACUACUGCUGAUCCUCUGUUAGGAAUGCUAGAACAUUUACUUGCCCGUAGAUGGAUGUUUUAACAAAGGUUCUCCUCAACUACCACAACAUCUUAGUAUAAUGUCAGUUAUUGACAAUACGUGUUUCCUAUUGCUAUCCAACAAAACACAGCAACAGUGCUGUCAACAUGUUUCUCAAUGUAUAUUUAUUUAUAAUUCUUUGUAUCCAGAUUCUACAGACUUCAUUAGGCUGGCCAUACACAGAGCAAAUUUAUUUUCUACAACCAUAAGUUGCACGAAAAAAAAUAGCUUGAUUCCCUCAUCAACACAGACAGUUUUGAUGCAGGAAUCCCUCCUGCUGGGCCAUUGUCUUCUCCUGGCAAGGGAAGCUGUCCCCACUGGGAGAAGACAUUAAUUUUUGCUAACGGCUAUAGAAGCCGCUAGUGAUAAUCACAGGUAAAACCCGGCAUGCUGGUUGUACCCAUGGUUCGAAUGCCGGACGUUUCCUGCUGAACCAUCCAAGAUUCGAACCAUGUAUGGCUUGCCUUACAGGGUCAGUGUGAGCAUACUUCCUGAGGUUCUGCGUAACUUCUUAUUUUGUUCAUUGCUGCAUUAUCAGUCACUUGCAAACCUAUAUAACAGGCUGAUUAUGAUUGUUGGCUAUAAGAUACUUUAAGAUACUUCUUAAUAUUUAGCUUUUUUUUUUCCCUUAGGCUGUGGGUUUGUGAGUUGUAGCAUAGAAAAUGAAAUGGGUAUUCCAGCUCUACCAGCAGAUAUUUUCCAAGACCACCAGAUUAAAGACAAAAGGGAGUAGAGUAAUUACUGAACAGCAGCUAUGCCUGAAUUAAAAACUGAUAUACAAAGCAGAUAGGGAAAUAUUCAGUAAAAGACGCUGACCUCUCACAGCCAUAACAUUGGUUCAAAAUGAGUAUCCUAUUGUCAUUCAUAGUGAACCAGAAAAUUGCAUUAAAAUAAGUUGUGUAACACUCUAUAUCUGUUUGUUAAAGUGAACCUUAAACUUCCUUGUUAUACAGAAAUUAAUUACAAGGUGACACAUCAGUCAGUGCUGUAUACUCUUCAAUCCUGGGAGCCCUAUCAAACUUGCUUUAUUUGACCUA